GAGAUUCAAACUGAGACCGAUCAGAGUGUCGGGUUCCGGUUCAAGAGCUUGAGGAGCCAAAUUUUCUUCUUAUCUACAAUGUUUCAUUCAAUUAACUUCAAUUUCUUCAUCCCAAUCUAUAUUGUCAUCUUCAUUGUUAGCAGCUCAACCUUCAGUCAUGGGAAAAUGCUAGACGGCGCCGUUUUGAAUGUUGGAGAGGAGCUAAAGGCGGAAACUUUGCCGCUUAAAUUGGGUUCUCGAGUCUAUAAACUGCAAGGUCUAAAAUCAUUAACUUGGUACGAAGUGAAGAUCUCGUAUCCAGCUUCCAUUCCCGCUAGUUUUUCUUUGCAACUGAAGAAAGGGGAUUUAGAGUCUGGGUUAAACAGGAACAGAAGAUUGUUGAAUACAGAGAAGUUGAUAUUCAAGACUGAUAAUCUUGACUCCAUUAAUGAUCAGGUUUUGGCCUAUGCUGGGCGGAUUGCACGUGUUGGUGACUGUGGAGCCCGAAGGUUUUGUGGCAAUACCCAACACAAAGGAAAGAGAGUUCAUAAUCUUCAAUAUAGUUUGCGAUGAACUGUUGUUGGGCAUCCCUUACUAUGCAUGGUGGGU